AUGCGAAUAAUACAGGCAUAUAUUAAAGAGAAGGCUUUCAUCACGGACUUUCCCAUGGAUCAUGUAGAAGGCGCGGUACGACAAAACACCAAAGCCGAUCAUCUUCAGGUCCUGGUAAAUGCGAUUGAUCAACCAGAUAGGUUCAACCUUGAUGAAUAUGGUUUCUGCUUCCUACGUGGCCGUCAGAUCCAUCUCGAUCCUGAGAAGGCUUGCCGGGACAAAGAUUCCAUAGAACAAGCUUACUGGUACGAAAUCGAGGCCAUUCUACAUGAGGAAUUCCCUCAACACUGGAGGAUCGAGUGCUUUGAUACUACGCGUGACCCAGAUUUCCCAGAAGUAGUUAGGGUGUACCGUGAGGAGCAUGAAAAACCAUCGCCAGUGGUCCAUUGCGACUGGUCUAGCGUUGGAUCUUUGGACGUGCUCCGGUGGUGUUUCCCGGGGAACGAAAAGUUCUGGAAGGAAAGAGGUUUGACAUGCUCAAGUACCGUAUGGCGCCUUCUGAAGACGCUAACUGACGAAUGGCUACUUGCUCUCUGCGAUUAUACUACAGUCGACACGGAGAAUGAUGUCCUACUGGAAGACGCGAUCGAGCGAGUUCGUGUCGAGGAAAUUAGCUGCUUGCACUAUAAUGGGAACCACAGAUGGUACUUUCUCAAGGACCAGGGAGUCGAUGAUCUGCUGGUGUUUCGCAAUGCCGACUCGCAUGGGGAGAAAGCA